UUUAGUUACCAAAAUUUUGGGACGGAGUCCUUAAUUAUUUAAGGACUGAAAGAGUAACUUUUCAUGUAUUUUACUGAAUGAUGACGCAGUAUAAGGAAAAGAAAAAGAAAAAACGUUUUCAUCCCCAGUACAAGGAAAUGAUGACGCAAACCUACUAUGCACGUAUAGUAAUUCAGCCACGUGUCAAGUCAAGUCUCCCCCUCCGUACAAGAUCGCCACUUCCAAUAUUACUACUGUACUUCAGUUACUACUCAAAAAGAAGUUACGUAGUUGACGCGCUCCAGCGCGUAUGCAUUCACGCUUUACUCCUCUUCUUCUCCCUCUGUCUCUUCCUUCUGCAGCUCUAUUAUUUCCAUCACUCGAUAUGGAUACUCUGCUUCUCCACUGCCAAUCCAUGGCCUCCCCGAAGCCUAAGCUCAAGCGCCCUUGUUGCUCCCCUUCUGUUCCUUCUCCGGAGCCAAACCCUGUCCCCAAUUCUUAUUCUUUUUCGAUCGACGGCGAUAUGGAUUCGCUGUUGGAAUCAGUUUUAGCUGUGUCUGAUUCCUCCAAAGUUGCUCUCAAUCUCUCCUUCGACCGUCUUCUCGAUUCUCGGUCUUGCGAUUCCGAGAAGUCCGAUAUGAUCGACCGCGCCCUCAAAUUUGGAUCCGUGCUUGUUGAAGCAGCUAAACGAUCCACCAGAAAACGCUCUUUGAUGCAUAACGCCGUCGUUUGGGCCCUGCCUUCUGAUCUCACCAUCAAAGUUUUUUCUUUGCUUGAUACACAAAGCUUAUGCUAUGCUGCAGCUACAUGCUCUUUUUUUCGCAAGUGCGCCGUGGAUCCCACGUGCUAUAACCAUAUUGACUUGACCUCUGUUACCCCAAAGAUCAAUAAUGCUGUAGUUUCAACCAUGAUUCAAAGAGCUGGAAGAUGUCUUAAAUCUCUUAAACUUGGCCUUGUUCCUGGCCCAAUUGCAUGUGCUGGAUCUUCUGAAGUGUUGGUUUAUUCCAUAAGGAGUUCCAGUGAUGGUUCUGGGAUCUCAUGGAAUGAUAAGAGGUCAAGACAGGGGAAAGAGUCAUCUAUUCUCACCAGAUCUUGUUUGGCGGUCCUAAAUAGUAAUGGUGGCUUUCCAGGGGGACUUUUGAAGAGAUUGCACCUUUACAAUAUUGAAAGAAUGGACAACACAGCUCUUUGUUCAGCAUUAUCUGCUUGUCCAUCAUUGCAUGAUUUGGAAAUUGUUGGACUUCAUGUGGAGCUUAGGCAGACGCUAGAGUCAGUGAGCCAAUAUUGUCCUCUCGUAGAGCAUCUGUUUUUUGAAUCCACAAAAACUGGAAGAGAUGACAGCUUAAAAUUGCCAACAUGCAAUGAUCUUGUCAACAACUGUCCUAAUAUGUCUUCUUUGGCACUUCGGGGGUUUAAGCUACACGACUACAAAGCUCGUGUCCUUGUCAAGGGUUUUCGUAAGCUGAAGUAUGUUGACUUUUCAACGUCCUAUUCUAUGAGUGGCUCAUUUCUCAAGAAUCUUGGUGGCACUGCUGGUGGGAGCCAGCUCGAAGUUUUGCUUCUGCGUGAUUGUAUCCAUUUGAAAGAAGUAGAAGUUGCUCGGUUCAUAUCGGCCAUUCUUGCUGGGGACUUUAAGCAUUUAAAACAUCUUGAUAUCUCCAAUAGGGAAGGUUUAGCAUCUGAAGGUGACUGGUACAGACGAUGUUGUAGCACCAGGUUAUACAAACUGCUGCUUGUUAUGCAGAUAUAGCUCUCUACGUAUUUCAUGUCUCUUGUUAUGACUUUAUUUUGUGGAUGCAGCUUCAUUCCCUUGGAGCAACUGUUUGCAGCGAGACCUAAGUUACGGCUUGUAGCGGAGUUUCCUGCUGAUGGAAGUUAUAUUGGAGAUGAAAUAAUGAUCAAUGUCCUCAGUGAUGAUACUACUAGUUCAUUGUCUGCGCCAAGCAGCCAUUCAUCUGAUGUUUCUGUCGGUAUAUCAGAUAGCAGCUAUAGUAGUGAUCAAAGUAGUGGCAAUGAAGAGAGUCAAGAUACCAGUUUUCUGAUUUAUGAGGGAAGUUCUGACGAACUAGAUUUUGGGCUUGGCUAAGAGAGAACUUCCAAAUUGGCCUAUGUCAUCUCUCAGAUGUAUUCAGGUACUUCCACUUGGUAAUUUCUCUAGUCAUUUCACAAUCUGGUAUAGGAUAUCUCUUUGGUUAUCUCAGAGUCUCCUUAUCCAGGACCAAUGGGAAGGAAUGGCCUGCUGACCUUUUGGUGGAAGAUGGGACUCUGUUAAUGAAGACUGGUAUUUUUUUCUGGCCUUUUCAGCGUUGAUGGAAGCAAAAGUUUCCAGAACAAUAAUGAGAGCCGUAUCAUGGCCGAAAGCAUUAUUUAUCUUCUAUAAGUCGAAUCCGAUAAGUCGGUAGCAGUGCCAUUGCUGUCUCGAUUCUGUAGUAUAUGAGUAUUGGCAAGAAUUUGUAGCGGAGAAAGCAGUAGAUACUUGAGGCAGAGAGUAGAUUAUGUGUGCAAGUCUAGAGUGCUGGAUCUCCAUUACAAGUUUACAACCAAUCAAAAUGCCUCUUUUCCCCUUUCUGAAUCAAAUGCCACUGAUGAUUUCAGGGUUUUCUCAAAUAAUAGUAACUCAAGUUUAGCAAAAUACUUUUCUGAAAAAUAUGUAAUGCUAUGGCAAUUUGGAGAUCAAAACAGGGAUGAAAUCAAAGAGAUGGGGUAGAAAAUUAGGGUUCUUCGCAAAGAGAAUUUGGGGAUCUGAAACUUUCAGUCCUUUAAAUCAAAACCAUAACUAUUCC